AUGUCUGGAAGACGCGGCAUGCACCCCCAUGCUACAGAUCAGCCACCCGUGAAGAAGCAGAGCAAGUGGUCACCAGAGGAAGAUGCCCUUAUCAUCGAGCUUCGAGGGCGUAACAUGAAGUGGGAGGAUAUCUCAAAGCGCCUGCCUGGUCGGAGUGCCAUCAGCUGCCGCCUACACUACCAGAACUACCUCGAAAGACGAAGUGAAUGGGAUGAGGAGCGCAAGAAUAAACUUGCCAGACUUUACGAGAGGUUCAAACCAGAAAUGUGGGCAAAAGUUGCAGAAGAGAUGGCGGUGCCCUGGCGAGCAGCAGAGGCCAUGCAUUGGCAGCUUGGUGAGGCAGAUAUGGCUAGACGUGCAGGCGUUAUCCCUUUCUCUCUAGCUGCAGUCAAUGUCGAGGGAAACAACAGUCACAGGAGCUCCCCCUCACGCAGCCACAUCCACUCGCAGCCCCAAGUCAGCAUGCCUCGCGAUCUUGGAGUACCGUCGCCUCGAAUUGUGUACAACAGACCUCCACCAAUGACUGCUAGUAGCCGAACUAUGGUUCCCCGCCGAGAAUCGAUUCCUCCGCCGCCUCCUUUGUCCAUGGUUCCAGAUCCUGCUGAAGCUCAGUAUGUGCCAGGGCCAGGUUUGGCACCGAUCCAGAACCAGCCACCACCUCGAACAGCUGGUAUGCUUCCUGGGGUCGCUGAACUUACUGGAGGAGUCAGCCCCUAUAGUGCACCUGCUGCAGUGCCUAAUAUGGGACAUAUAACCGGGGUAGGUCAGGGCCCUCUGUAUUCAACACUCGCCAGUUACUCGAUGGAAUCGGCCGGGACCAAACGAAGAGCUUCUCCAGAUGAAUAUCCGCACGAGGCGAACCAGCGGCGCCGAAUCACAUAG